UGUCAUAAUCGGAGUGAAGGUUCAAUGUUUUUCCCUUUCCAGCUAUACAGACAGGGAUUCCCUCUUUAGAAAUAUCCAAAUAUCCAAUACCAGAGCAAGAGAAUCUAUUUUAUUUAUUCAACAAGAUCAGAUUUUGGGCCAGAAAUAAUCACUUAUCACAAUCCUCUGAUCAGAAAAUCCAUGGCGGAAGAUAAGAUUCAACGUAUCAUAUCUUCAACUUCUGACAACGAUGAAAAGAAGAUCAAUCGUAGGGAAGUUGAAAGACAAAGGAGGACCCAAAUGUCGGUUCUAUGUGCUUCUCUCCGCUCUUCACUCCCUCUUGAGCUCAUCAAGGGAAAGCGUUCUGUAUCAGAUCUCAUAGGGGAGGCUGUAAAUCAUGUCCAAUUUCUGAAGCAAAAGAUCAAUGCACUUCAAAUUAAGAGAGAUGAACUCAAAGAGAUGAUGGUAAAUUUAAGUUUUGUUAAAACUGAAACUGUUGGAGCAGAUCAUUCAAGUGCACUAGGGAAGUGUGUCAGCAUCAAUCUCAUUCCAGGCGGUGUGGAAGUUGCAGUGUACGGUAGUGGUUUUGAAGAAAACAGUACACGUUUAUCAGUUUUGAUGCAAAUAUUGCUUCAAGAAGGAUGUGAUGUUGUUAGCUGUGUUUCUUCCUUAGUAAAUGGGAGAAUCUUUCAUACUAUCAAGUCUGAGGUGAAGGACCUGACAUGCCUUGAUCUUGCUAGGCUUCAACACAGAUUGGAUCAAGCAAUCUUGUCAAGGUAACUAUGCCGGUUGAGAGGACCAUGUGGGAUUUGUGAUCAGUGCUAAUUAAUGAUCACUAUUAUAUUCUAGCUAAACUUUGCUUUGUUGAUUUACGCAUAUACUUUGUACCUGUUAUGUAGUACUUCUAAUGUCAAUUUCUUACUACUGAAGUCAAUGUGUGAGUAGUGACCAGGAUUCUCAGUUUGCCUGAUGAUGUGGAGAAAAUAUUUCGUGGAGUGUCUGCAUCCAAUUUAAGAAAUGAUGAGAAAAUAGAUAACUCAUAGUUGUGAUGUAUAAUGUGGUGUAUGUUGAGUCCCUGUAAGUUUUGGAUGUUUAAAAAUCAAGAUUUGUUAAACAUAA